GAGGACGCAGAGUGGAGAGAAAGGGGCAGAUAGACAAACGGUGACAGAACGCUUGGAAAAAUACGGAUCAAACUGGUACAUUUCGCUCAGGCAUGAGAUUCCCGUGAGGUGGCAUCUGCGGCGUAGAAUUUCUGGUGGAUUCCAACCAAGUGUCCCCCUUUUGUUUGGGAAAAAAAGGUUUCAUAUAAUAGGUGGAUUGUGAUAUAUCGAUUAUUAUGGGUUCCAAAAGGCACCACUCAAAGACUACAGUGGUUUUACACAACUCGCGCUGCUCUCCAAUGGGACUUUCACUACUGUUGCUUCUUCUACCUUUGUCCGUUGCCUUCAACUUGGAUGUGGAGAACCCGACGGUGUAUAACGGACCCAGGGGCAGUUAUUUCGGGUAUUCGCUGGACUUUUACAUGGUUGAGUCAAGUGUGAGUAUUAUAGUUGGAGCACCCAAAGCCAACACCAGCCAGCCCAACAUCAGAGAGGGAGGUUCAGUCUUCUAUUGUCCAUGGAGCCUCAACCAAUCACAAUGCAGCAGCAUCUCGUUUGAUCGAUUUGGAGAUCUAAAUAUGACUUUGAAUGAUACAUUGCACCAGGGAGAGUUCAAAUCCCAUCAGUGGUUUGGAGCAACUGUACGAGUACAUGAAGAUAGCGUGUUGGCUUGUGCCCCUCUAUAUUCAUGGAGAACCCAGCAAGACACGCCUGAUGCCGAUACCACAGGCUCAUGUUAUCUCUCCGUCAAAAACUUCACCCAGUUUGUGGAAUAUGCACCGUGUCGCACAGAAUUCCCUGGAGGAAAAGGCCAAGGCUACUGUCAAGGUGGAUUCAGUGCUGAUUUUACUCAGAAAGGAAAGGUGGUGCUUGGAGGGCCUGGUAGUUACUUCUGGCAAGGCCAAGUGAUCACUGCAGUUAAACAAGAAAUAGUAAAGGCUUAUUACCCCGGAUACUUCUUGACAUCAGUGGAUGGCCAGAUUCAAACCAGACAGAAAAAAGAGAUCACCUUUGAUGACAACUACAUGGGUUACUCUGUGGCUGUGGGCAAAUUCAGUGGUGAUGAUGAUGAAGACUUUGUGACUGGAGUUCCCAGAGGAGUAAGACUCCAUGGACAGGUUUCUAUUCUCAAUGGUUCUCUGGAUAUGCUGAAAAACUUCACUGGUGAGCAGAUGGGAUCCUAUUAUGGCUAUGCCGUGGCCACUACUGACAUUAACAAUGAUGGGAUGACCGAUCUACUGGUUGGUGCUCCCAUGUUCAUGGUUCGUGACUCUGAUGGGAGGCUGGAGGAGUUGGGUCGGGUCUACGUGUACCUGCAGAACGGACCUUUGGAUCUCACACCUCAGCUACCUCACCUCACCGGCACACAGAUGUUUGGCCGUUUCGGCAGCUCCAUCACACCUCUCGGGGACCUUAAUCAAGAUGGCUACAAUGAUGUGGCCAUCAGUUGUCCAUUUGGUGGGGAAAACAAACAAGGUUUGGUGCUCAUCUAUAACGGACACGCUGGAGGUCUCAGGGACAAGCCCUCUCAGGUUAUCGCUGGCCAAUGGGCUUCAGUCGUACUGUCAGCUCUGCCUGCCAGUUUUGGUUAUGCCCUCCGUGGAGGAAAGGACUUGGAUAACAACGGCUACCCAGAUCUCAUUGUUGGUGCAUUUGGUGUGGAUACUGCAGUUCUUUACAGGUCUCGUCCUAUUGUUAACACCAGCGCAACCCUAAGUGUUUACCCAACUAUGAUUAAUCCAGAGGAGAAAGUUUGUAUCAUAAACCGUGGGAAUGAGACCCUGCAUGUGUCCUGUGUCAACCUGAGCUUCUGCCUCUCAGCCAAUGGGAAACACCUACCAAAUCAUCUCGAGUUUAGUGUUAAAGUUCAGCUGGACCAUCUGAAGCUGCAGCAGAAGGGGGCCGUACGGAGAGCUUUGUUUUUAGACACCCAGCUACCCAGUCUACAGAGAACUCUAACUGUCCCAAAUGGAGCCAGAGUCUGCAGUGACACCAAGAUCUUCCUGCGGGAUGAGAAGGAGUUCAGGGAUAAACUGUCUCCCAUCUUCGUCGCUCUCAACUUCAGCCUGAACCCACAAGCUGCAGCAGACAGACACGGCUUGAGACCCAUCCUCAACUACCAGACAGCAGAGCUCAUCGAACAGAAAGCCCAGAUUUUACUGGACUGCGGAGAGGACAACAUCUGUGUCCCUGACCUGAAACUCUCUGUGAACGGGGACAGGAAGGAAGUGUACAUGGGUGAUGACAACUCGCUGACCCUGACUUUCAAUGCAAAGAACGAUGGAGGCGGAGCAUAUGAAGCGGAGCUCUAUGUGGUCUUGCCACCAGAGGCUGACUACAGCGGGAUAGCCCGCAAUAAUGAGAGUCUGACCCAGUUGACCUGCAGUUAUGAAACGGAAAAUCAGACCCGUUACCUCAGCUGUGACCUGGGGAACCCUAUGAAAUCAGGCACCAACUUAUGGGCCGGACUGCGAUUCACAGUACCACGUCUGAAGGACACACACAAAUUUGUGCAGUUUGACCUGCAGAUCCGCAGUAAAAAUGAGAAUAACUCCCAGAGUGAAGUCGUCCCCUACAAGAUGGAGGUUGUGGUCCGGUCUGAUGUGAUUCUUCAGGGCGUCUCUCGACCAGACAAGAUCUUCUUACCUCCUCCGAACUGGAAGGCGACCAAGAAUGUAAUGGUUGAACAGGAUGUUGGACCCUCUGUCCAGCACACUUAUGAGUUGGUGAACAACGGGCCGAGUCGUAUCAGUCACACACUACUGCAGCUGAAAUGCCCCAAGAGGCUUCAAAGUAAUAGGUUCAUUUACCCACUGGAGGUCACGACUGAGGGUCCCGUUAACUGCACCACCCACAACAUAAUCAACCCCUUGAACCUCAAGCUCCAGCAGUCAUCCACCGAGCAGCCUCCCUUACGAGACGCAGCACAAGAACACCACAUCGAGAAGAGAGAAACGCACAAGGUUGAGCUGUCCCAACUGACUAAUCUGUCUUGCUCUAGUGUGGAUUGCUGGACUCUAACGUGUAAUGUUGGCUUGUUGGAGCGAGGGACGAGUGCCAUACUACAUGUUCGCUCACGGAUCUGGGCUGAAACAUUCAUGGAGAAUCCAUAUAAAAACUUAAUUCUGGAGUGUCUUGCUAGUUACAAAGUGGAAAAGAUGCCUUAUGCCAUUUUGCCCAAGGUGACUCCUAGUGGUGCUAAAAAGAUGGUCACUCCUGUAGUCUGGAACAAGCCAGACAGUACGUAUGCUGUUCCUCUGUGGAUCAUCAUUUUGGCUAUUCUAGCCGGCCUUCUGCUGCUCGCACUGCUGAUCUAUGUCCUCUACAAACUUGGCUUCUUCAAGAGAACUCCCUACGGCACUGCCAUGGAAAAAGCCCAGCUCAAACCUCAGGCUACAUCUGAGGCCUAAACUACUAGAACAUUCAGAGAACACAUGCCAAAGAAUGUUCCUUCACCAGAGGCCAUCCAAAGAGAAGGUUACUUGCUGUUUUAAAAAAGACUAAACUGCAGUAGAAGGAAUAGGGAUAAAAGAUCACUGGAUCUUCACUGUACUGCACUAGAUGACGAGACCAUGAGGACUCAAAGCCAAAUGAAUGUUGACAUAUGUGUUUAUUUUAUUUUAUUGUUUUCCUUGAUGUGGGUUUCAAAUUUUAACCACCACUUAUAGUCUACCACUUACAAACAGUUUGGGUUAAUCUUAACCAAAACUCAGGAUUGCUUGCCUGGCAACCGGCUAAAGGAGAUAAACAGCAACAAAUGGAGUCUCUCCUAUGGAUUUUGCCCAAUACUCACUCAUCUGCACUAUUAAUAACUGUAACAUUCUUAACAAUUUACAUAGUUUUUUGGUCUUAGUCCGCACCUGCUCAUAUGCUUUAAGUGUUUUAGAUGGUUUAACAAUCUGCAGUGCAGCAUUUUACAUUUUCAGCAUGGUAUUUUGUCAUGCAUAUACAUUUACACCAAAAAUACGUCUUUGCAAUAUUUCACAAAGAAUCAAAUAUUUUGAUACAGGUGGUGUUUUUUGUUUUGUGUGUUUGUUUGAUGUGUUUUUAAAGUGAGAACAAGUCAGUUGGAUACCUCACCAUGGACCCUCAUCUCCAUUUUCCUGCUGUUGUUUUUUUUGUUUUGUUUUUUUAAGACAUUUCAAAUAUUUUUUUUAUUUUUAUUUCUUUAUGGAAAGUCUAUGCAGGGCCGUUGCUUAAAUUCACUGGGCCUGGGACAACAUUUAUAUGAGUUGGCCCCCAUCCCUGGGCCCAAAGAGUAGACUAUACCAUAGGGGAUGUUACUGGGGCCCCAUUGUCAGGGUCGAGGCCUUAGAGGGGUUGUCUGUUAGAAUGUGAUAUUUUCAGCUCAGUCACCUCUGUAUCUUCUAAAUAAGACAAGCCAAAUGGUUUCGGUCUCGGGUGAUAUUGUGGAAAAGCAGCGUACAUUUCCACAGAAACAUAGUCAGGAUCCUUCACGGAAGGCGACUGUUCUUCCCUACUGACUGUCAACUGUUUAUGUCCUGUUAUCUUGCAAAGUCCAUUGUAACUAAUGGUAACGGUGCCUUAAAAGUCAUCUGGGACAUGACUGGAUCCACACUGAGCCUGUGAAACCUCGCAAAUGCCUUGAAGCAGAGCUCUGCUUUGCCUUUGCCUUCAAUACAGACUCUUUGGCCAAAGAGUGGAAAGGGUCAGAAAAUGGGGGCCGAUUUCUUCCUAUAUGGGCAAACAGAGAACCACUGUGGACUUGGAAUGAGAUUUUCGCAAAGUCCGUUUGUCAGUGCACAUGCAAGUUAUUUUAUACACACAUAUGCAUACAUAAACAUACAUAUAUUAAAGGGAUAGUUCACCCAUAAUUCAAAAUUCUGUUAUGUGGUCACAAACGCGUAUUAAUUUCUUUCUUCCGUGGAACAUUUUUUCCAUACAAUGAAAGUGAACGGUGACCAUGCCUGUCCCGAGUCCCCAUCCACUUUCAGUUUGUUUAAAAGAGCAGCUUGUACAUUCUGCUAAAUAUCUUUUUUUCAUGUUUUAAGGAAAGAAAGUAAUAUGGGUUUGGAAUGACAUGAAAGUGAGUAAUUAAUCUUUAAUACAACAAUACAAAGACUCACGGACUAAAAGCAAACCUCUUCCAAGGCAGCACUCUCAUCCAGGGAUUGAAUGUUGACCUGUAUAGUUUUUGUUUUGUCAAUAAUGUUUGUGCGUCUGUGUGUUAAUCUGCUUGUAUGUGACCAUAUGUGUGCUUAUGGAGAGGUGUGUGUCUGGAUGUGAAGAUAUGAGAGUUUGUUGUCCAAAUGCUUGUGGAGAACCACAGUGAUUGACAUACAAAACGUAGAAAUGCCUCUGUACAUCAUGGUGCUGAAGUGGCCGAAUCGGACAGGAUGCAACUGCAAUCAUUUAUCAUGAAAGUUUCAGCAAGCCACUUAGAAAGGAAAUGCAGCUGGAACUGUGGAUUGUGUUGGACCUGUAUGGAAGUGCAAUAUUGUAAUUUUAUUUCUGUUCAUUACAACUUAUAUUUUGUCAUGUGUAUAUUAAUACUUUUAGUAAGAUUCUCAGAAAUAAGAAUUAUUUGAAGACAACACCCAGUUCAAGGGUUGAAAUUAGCCCAGAAGUUAGGAUAAUAAAGAAAAUAAAAUUUAAAAGAAACCGGUGAAAUACUGUAGUCAAUCAUGUGGCAAAAUAUACAUUUAGCUGUCAACAUUUGUUUGCCACAAAGGGCCAAAAAAAGCAGAUUUUCAGUUGUAAACAAUUUUUGUCCCAUAAAAGCCUAGUAAUUUGUCACCAGCAAAGUCACUUGCCAAUGAUACUGGCUAUAGUGUUUUAUGAGUUUUACUGUUUAACUGUAGUUUUUACCUGUUUUACCGCAACACUCCUUUUACAUUGGCUGUUUGAAUUGGCACAAAACCAAAAAACUGACUCGCAGAUCACUUGAAUACUUUGUAAUUUUCUUCAGUAUUUUGAUAUAUUUAUUCCUCCAAAUGUAAAAAUUUUUUUUUUUUUUUUUUUGCAUUCAAGCGGGAAGAAACACUGGGUUUGUCUUCAUUUUUUUUUUUUUUUUUUACUUUUAAAAAAACUGCCCCAAAUUCCUGAUUUUGUUUUGUAAAUAUAUGUUUGGUGAGGAGAUUAUUUUAAUUUUCAGCUGAUACUGAUUUGACAUUGUAUUUCAUCGCCCCAUAUUGGGGAGAAUCAGAGGGAUGUUCAAGUAAUUAUUUGUAUUUACAGUUUGCAUUUUAAAAUAAAUCUUUUUCUACAAA